GAAAACUUUGCAACGAUCUGUAUGUCGAGGGAGGAGGUAGAUGAGAAGAGGCAGGGCUCUGGUCGCUGCUACUGUUGAUGUCAAGAUUCCUCUCUCCUACCUAGCGCCAUACACAGCCUCAGCCAGCCUUUCCUGAACUUGGAUCUCCUUCAUCCCCUCCACUCUCUCUCUCCUCCGCCCCUCCCUCUUCCUCUCCUCCAAAGAACAUUUCCCCGGGCCAAGGCAGACCAAAUAAUGGCUCUGCCAAUUCUCUGACCACCACGUCCAGUCUGCAGGCGGCUGAAGAAUCCCAGAGGGGAGCAGAGAGUGAGGAAGACCAGCAAUACCUGCGUCUUAAAUCCUGCCUUUCGCCUCUUGGGGAUUCAGCUGCCAUGGAAGCUCAAAGGAUCUGGGCAGGCUGAGAGCCCAGACUGCAUCUGUUCUGUCGCUGCAGAAUCUCCGUAAGUUUCCACUUUCUUUCUUGGGUCUGUCUGAGUUCCCUUAGUCGGUGUCCCCUUAAUGCUAAGGAAGGCAGUUCUGGUGUCUGCAGCUGUUGUGGCUUCGCAUUUUCAUUUGGCAUCCCCACACCCCGGGACUUAAAACAAGCUGUUAUCCCCUCCUCUCAAAGUAACUAUUAUGUAAGAGUUCUGGUGCUGGAUUUUGAAAGUGAUGCUCUGUGCUUUUGGAGAGCCCUUGAGGGGAUUUUCUCCCUUGUCGAAGGCAGGGUUGGUACCUCAGGAUAAGAACUUAAUUCGUUCUGGAGGUCCGUUCUUAACCUGAAACUGUUCUUAACCUGAAGCACCACUUUAGCUAAUGGGGCCUCCUGCUGACACCGCACGAUUUCUGUUCUCGUCCUGAAGCAAAGUUCUUAACCGGAGGUACUAUUUCUGGGUUAGCGGAGUCUGUAACCUGAAGCGUCUGUAACCCAAGGUACCACUGUACGAAUUACAAGAAGGGAUUUCAGACAUGCUCAGAGGAACUCUUAUUAUCAUGGCUCAGGGCUCAUACUGAGGGGAAAAGAGCCCCUGCUUGCUCCUGCUCAGAUUAAAAAGUGCCUGCAGGAUGACAGAGUCUUUUGUUUUUAUUUUCCGUUUUCCAGGCUUCAUUGGAUUAUUCGUAGCAGACAUUUCCAUUGAAUAUUAUGUCAACACUUAUAGGUAUUUCACGUUUUACUAGUCAAGAAGCAGCAAUCACCUAAGUUUUACUCAGAGUACAUCCAACGAAAUGCAUAAACAUGCCUAAGUUAGGUCCAUUUGUUUCAAUAGGUCUACUCUGACUUAAAACUUAGUUCAGCGCCGCUCAUUCUGUGUCCUUGCUUUGUUGCACAACUUUUCUCCUGACAUGAAGCACAUGUGCAAACGUACUUGGGAGAACUAGCAUUUUAUUUGGAGGGCUAGCAUUUAAAAUGCUAGAAGCAAGCUUUUGAGUCAAACAGGGCUCUUCAACCAGGCUAGAUAUUUAUUUAUUUAUUGUUUGCUUGUUUCACUUUCCUGGGAUACUGAAUACUUGCCCUUAAUAGUGGAUCCCAGCCAUUUCUGGAUUAGCAACUUCUGUGUUUAAGGGUGUCAUGCAUAUAGAAAGAGCCCUGUGUGACUCAAAAACUUGCUUCCUGCAUUGUAAAUAAACACCAGAUUCCCAAACAAAGAUGCUUUCUCUUACUUGUAUCGUGAAAUUGACACAACUGCUAAGGUUCUGCUUAUCCCUUGGUGUUUCUCAGCAUUUGUUGGGAAGAUCCCCUAAAUGCAUUCAUACACAGUAUUCCAUUUGCUAGAAACAUGCAGGUAUAAUGGGGGAAAGAGUUUAAACAGUGCAUUUAACCUUUCAUGUUGCCCAAGAAAGUAUUAAUUAAACCCAAACAGUCUUCGGACCAUGUUUAUAUGAGUUUAGUUGGAGAACGUGUGGAGUUUUGCUUUCCUAGGGCACAAAUCCUUUGUGGGACUCAUCCACAGAAUCAUAGAAUUGUAGAGUUGGAAGGGACCCCAAGGGUCAUCUAGUCCAACCCCCCACAAUGCAGGAAUCUCAACUCAAGCAUCCAUGGCAGAUGGCCGCCCAACCUCUGCUUAAAAACCUCCAAGGAAGGAGAAUCCACUACCUGCCGUCUGUUCCAUUGUUGAACAGCUCUUACCGGCAGAUAGUUCUUUCUAAUGUUUAGCCAGAAUCGCCUUUCUUGUAAUUUGAAUACAUCAGUUUGGGUCCUACCAUCUGGAGCAGAAGAAAAGCGGCUUGUUCCAUUUCCCAUGUGACAGCUCUUCAGAUUGAAAAACUAUAUAUUUUUGCAGAGGGUGGGGAAAAGACAAUUUCAUUAUCGAGGAAUGCAAGUCUAAUGGAAUCACAGAGUUAAAGUAAAUUAUCAAAUCAUCAAUUCUAGCACGAAGGGGGCCUACAAAAUAAUAUAAUUUGGCAUCUGAACCAUAGGCAUUAUUAAUUGUAUUAUAAUUUGGUAUUGUGACAAUGAGGAUUUUACUGGGUUGUAAUUGAAAGCUAAUAAAAAGUAUUACACUAAAAAAAAGAAAGUCCAAUGGAAUCAUGAAAAUGAAUGCUUUGAAGUUGCAAUCCAGAAUAUAUAUAUUUUUAUUGACUUAAGAAAAUUAUACAGACAGCAAAACGAAGACGUCUAAGUUAACAUUGCCUUCUACUGAUAAGAAAUAAUAAUACCUAUUACAAUAAUGAAAAUACUAAAAGUACAUUUACUUCCCCUUUUGAACUUCUAUUCUGGUUACAAUAUAUUACUAUUCUAUAAGGAUCUAUUAUAUCCUUUGCUGUCCCAUAUAUUAUUUUUAUUCAACCUAACCCUCCCCUCCACCCCACUGCUUCCCUUCACCUGUGUGAGAUCUUCCCAACAUAAUAUUUUUUUCUAGUUGCUUUAACAAAAUAAAAUAACAUGAAAACUGAUAAAUUAUAAUUACUUGUCCUUAAACGCUUAACAAUUGCCUAUUAAGAGUUCUGCUUUAACACCCUAUUUCUUCACGUAUUCACCUAUACAUUCCCAUUCUGUAUAGAAUUUUUGAUUGGAGCAGCCCAGAAUUCUUGGAUUUGUUUGUACAAGAGUGCAAAAGAUCUCCUAACUUGUACAGAAACCGUUGAUCCUCAGAUGAGAAUCCCCACCCUCCUGGCAAAUCUCCCCCAAAUUUCUUUCCUAAAGGUAAAGGAAAAGGGACCCCUGACCAUUAGGUCCAGUCGUGGCCAACUCUUGGGUUGCGGCGCUCAUCUCUCUUUAUUGGCUGAGGGAGCUGGCGUACAGCUUCUGGGUCAUGUGCCCAUCAUGACUAAGCAGCUUCUGGCGAACCAGAGCAGUGCACGGAAAUGCUGUUUACCUUCCCGCCGGAGCGGUACCUAUUUAUCUACUUGCACUUUGACGUGCUUUCGAACUGCUAUGUUGGCAGAAGCUGGGACAGAGCAAUGGGAGCUCAUCCCGUUGCGGGGAUUCGAACCGCCAACCUUCUGAUUGGCAAGUCCUAGGCUCUGUAGUUUAACCUACAGUGCCACCCAUGUCCUAGCUAGGCCUAUAAUCAUUGGCAAGAAUGGAGUGAAUUAGUGGGAUGGGGUGACUUAUGCAAGCUCCUUUCUUUCUCCAGGAUCGGAUAGAGCAAACAGAAUACACGAGAGGUCUCUAUAGGAUUCUUCCAUCCUCUCCACCUCUGCCCAUUUUCGGUUGAUCGGUGGACUAUGGUGACAGGGAGAUGCUGGCCAGGAAGAGCAUCAUCCCCGAAGAGUAUGUCCUCGCACGGAUCGCGGCCGAGAACCUGGGCAAGCCGCGCGUCAGGGACCGGCAACAGAAAGCCCGCUUCAUCGCCAAGAACGGGGCUUGCAACUUGGCUCACAAGAACAUCCGCGAGCAAGGGCGCUUCCUGCAGGACAUCUUCACCACCCUGGUGGACCUGAAGUGGCGCCACACACUGGUCAUCUUCACCAUGUCCUUCCUGUGCAGCUGGCUCUUCUUCGCCAUGAUGUGGUGGCUGGUGGCCUUUGCUCACGGGGACAUGGACAAGCCGUGCACAACCAGCGAGGACAUCAAUAGGCCUUGCGUCACUUGCGUCAGGUAAUAGCGACAACGAUUGAUUAAAUUUCUUGCCGCAAGCAACUCAAAGCAACUAUACGGAAAGCAAAAGGAAAGCCGUACAUUGAUUAAAACCAAGGGGGAAAUACACCAGAAAAAUUAAAUACAGUUGUACCUUGGAAGUCAAACGGAAUCCGUUCCAGAAGUCCAUUCAACUUCCAAAAUGUUCAAGAACCAAGGCGCAGCUUCUGAUUGGCUGCAGGCAGCUGCUGCAGCCAAUCAGAAGCCGCAAUGGACGUUCGGGUUCCAAAGGACGAUUGCAAAAUGGAACAAUCACUUCCGGGUCUGCGGCAUUCAGGAGCCAAAACGUUUGUCUUGCCAAACGUUCAACUUCUGAGGUACGACUGUACAUUUAAAAUGUUGUGAACCGACCUGAGAUCUAAGGAUGAGGGGCAGUGUACAAAUUUUAACAACAACAACAACACCACACACACACACACACACACACACACACACACACACUGAUUUACAAGACCAUAGAUCAUUAUCAUCCAAAGUCCUAGCUGAAUGAUUUUGCCUGGUACCUAAACAUAUCCUGUGUUGGAGUCAGGUGAGUCUCCCUGGGGAGAAAAAGAGUUUGGAUUUGAUAUCCCGCUUUAUCACUACCCGAAGGAGUCUCAAAGCGGCUCACAAUCUCCUUUCCCUUCCUCCCCCACAACAAACACUCUGUGAGGUGAGUGGGGCUGAGAGACUUCAAAGAAGUGUGACUAGCCCAAGGUCACCCAGCAGCUGCAUGUGGAGGAGCGGAGACGCGAACCCGGUUCACCAGAUUACAAGUCUACUGCUCCUAACCACUACACCACACUGGCUCUCAAUUGAGCAGCCACCACAGAAAAGGCCCGCUCUCUUGUUGCUACCCUCUAGACUUCCCAUAGAGGGGGCACUUGAAGAAAAGCCCCAGUUGAUGAUUGCAUUCAUCCACUUUCUCCAUGCCAUGGAGAAUUUUACAAAAAUGUUCUAUCUUGUUGCCUCUUACUCAACUUUUCUCUAAAAGCUCCCCUCCCCACUGGUCUCCCAGAACCAGAAGAGGCAUGAAAACAGCGGAGGAGAUAUUGGUGACAGGCAGGCACAGUCUCUGAUUGCUUGGGGAAAGCCCUGCAGAGGAGGGGACUAGCUAUGGGGAGGCGGGUACCUUCAGUCCAGCAACUGCUUCAUGGGAGCAAGACCUGCCAGAGAUGAGCCGCUGUGCUCAUUAGGCCUGACACUCCUGUGCAGAUCAUAAUUUUGCUAAUAAAGAGUUAACUCCAUCUUGCAUGGUGUGAUUUACUGCUGGCUCAUUCCUGACGGUACGUAAGUUUCAGUAAUGGAUAACACGAGUCACCCUUCAUACAGUAUUUGAUAAUGGUGUGCAUUGUUUCCCCUCUCUCCUUUCCCUUAGGUCUUUCACCUCCGCUUUCCUCUUCUCUAUUGAGGUCCAGGUGACCAUUGGCUUUGGAGGGAGGAUGAUGACCGAAGAAUGUCCCAUAGCGAUCACCGUACUGAUGCUCCAGAACAUUGUGGGCUUGAUCAUCAACGCCGUCAUGUUGGGCUGCAUCUUCAUGAAGACGGCGCAGGCACACCGGCGAGCCGAGACCUUGAUAUUCAGCCGGAAUGCGGUCAUCGCCGUACGCAAUGGCAAACUCUGCUUCAUGUUUCGGGUUGGGGACUUGAGGAAAAGCAUGAUCAUCAGUGCCUCAGUGCGGAUCCAGGUGGUCAAGAAGACCACCACCCCUGAAGGAGAAGUCAUCCCGAUCCACCAGCUAGAUGUCCCGGUAGACAAUCCCAUUGAGAGCAACAAUAUUUUCCUAGUGGCCCCUUUGAUUAUUAGCCACAUCAUUGACAAGCGGAGUCCUCUCUAUGACAUCUCUGCCAAUGACUUGGCCAGCCAAGACCUAGAGAUCAUUGUCAUACUUGAAGGUGUGGUGGAAACCACUGGAAUCACCACCCAAGCAAGAACGUCCUACAUAUCCGAAGAGAUCCUCUGGGGCCACCGCUUCGUGCCCAUCGUAGCGGAAGAAGAAGGGGCCUACGCUGUCGACUACUCCAAGUUUGGCAACACGAGCAAAGUCGCAGCGCCGCGUUGCAGUGCCAAGGAGUUGGACGAGAAGCCUUCCAUCCUCAUCCAGACCCUCCAGAAGAGCGAGCUGUCACACCAGAACUCCCUGAGGAAACGCAAUUCCAUGAGGAGGAAUAACUCCAUAAGGAGGAACAACUCCAUGAGGAGGAAUAAUUCAUCCUUUGUGGUGCCCAAGGUCCAGUUCAUGACACCGGAAGGAAACCAGAACUUGCUGGAGACAUGACAGGUCUCAAGCAAUCCCACACCCUAUUCUGUAAAAAAAAGACCUCUUAAGACAUUUGUGUUAACUCGAUGUAAAAAAUUAAUGGAGCUGGGAGCUAUUUAUUAUGUGCAAGCACCAGGUCGAACCAAACGGAGCAGGGGUAGGGGACGUGUUGCCGUCCAGAUGAUGUUGGACUACAGUUCCCAUCAUUCCUGAAUUUUGGCCAUGCUAGCAGGGUCUGGUGGGAGCCCAGAGCCCCACAACACCUGGAGGGCCACAGGUCCCUCACCCCUGAAAUAGAGAGAAACACUGUAAUUGUAGUGUAGUUGUCACUGACAUGGUCUACCAGAGCCAGGCCCACCUUCCAGCAUGUGUACCAUUUUAGAUCGGAGGUGAGGGCUGACACAAUCAAACUUUCCUCUAGACUAGCUUCCCUCAGCCCAGUGUCCUUCAGGUGUUGCAGGACUUCAACUCCCAUCAGCCUCAGUCAGCAUGGCCAAUGGGCAGGGGUGUUGGGAGUUGUAGUCCAACAACAUCUGGAGGGCACCUGGUUGGACAAGAUGGUUCCAUACAAAAAUACAAUGAAUCCCUUCAGGUUUUUUUAAGCUCUUCAGAGACUAAACUAGGCCAGUGUCAGGAGGGAGCCAGCAAUAAAUCACACAGAGUAAGUGAAGUUAACUCUUUAUUAGAAGAAACAGGAUCUGUUCAGGAGUGCCCCUAUGAGGCAGUUGCAGAGACUAAAGGUCCCUGCCUUCCACAGCUGCCUAAGUCUCUUCCUUCCAGGGCUUUUCCCAAGCAAUCUGAGACUGCGCCAGCAUGUCUGCCUUUGCUCCUCCCACUUCAUGCCUUCCUGGUCCUGGAAGACCAUCGGAGAGGGGAGCUUGCUCCAGGAGAAGUUCAAAGUUCUGGCAUUGCUGUAAACAACCCUAAAUGACCUAGAUUACUUCUUGAACCAAGGAUUUGGACCCAGCCUUAGAAUUAUGCUUAAAUCAAUCGGACUUGAGUAGAAUGAACUUAAAUAUUUCCAUGCCCCUGCAGCGAUCAGAAGUGGGUGGAAAGAGAGGUGAGGUAAAAUUUACUUCACUAUGUAGUAAGAUUCUGUGUAAGGUACGUUUACCAGCAAAUACCAUGGUUAUUGUCAUUCAAAUCUUUUUUUUUAAAGAAAAUAAUGCACAUCAGAAAACUAUAUUAAGAACCUCAGCAUAUGUAGAUCUACUAGUUGUCCACUUCAUAAAGACAACCUUUUUAAAUAAAGUUUCCCCCCACUU